ACAUUUCCUCACACCCACUAUAGUCCCUCCCCCUGCAAGGGGGUGCAGAUCAGACUGAAAGGGAAGGGGGUGGGGAGCUGAAGAGUGCUCAGUCUGUCAGGGACUUAACACAGAAUCCAGAGAUGUCUCUGCUCGGUCUCUUCCUCUCGCUCCUCCUCAGCAGCGCCUCAUCCAGUACCAUACCCCGACUCAAACUGAAUCUGAUGGCUGAAAUUCAAGAUCGGUUCCUAUUUCACUCGACUGAGGAAUAUACAACCUCGCUCCGUGAGGGAAGCACUGUUUACGUUGGGGGGAAAGAAGUUCUUUACCAGAUAGAGUUGGAAGAAGCUCCCAGCUCGAAUAAAACGAUUGCAGUGCCUGUGGAUAACAAAUCCAUGACAAAAUGUCAAAAGAUGAAUUUGGGGAACUGUCAGAAUGUUAUCAUGGUCCUGCAAAGAUUCAACAGAACCCAUCUUCUUCUGUGUGGGACCAAUGCCUGGAAUCCAAAAUGCUGGUCACUCAUUAACGGCACGUUGAGUGAAAUCAAUAAUGGAAGAGGAUAUCCGAUUGGACGAGGAGUAUGUCCUUUCAGUCCGAAGCAUGGCUUCACCUCAUUGGUUGAAGGAGAAAAACUCUACUCAGCCGCCCCUUUAUAUGAGAAUGGAAAUGUGAACCUUCGAAGGUUUAUGAAACAGAGUCCAUCAUGGCUACUGUCUGCUGACAAGUGGAUGAGAGAUCCCAGUUUUGUGGGAAUGUCGCCAAUGGGUGACCACAUUUUCAUGUUCUUCUGGGAAAGGAAUUUGGCAGAAAGCCUGGACAUUGACCCCUGGAUAUCACGGGUUGCCCGUGUGUGUAAGAAUGACAGAGGUGGCUCCCGAUUCCAACUGCAGAAUAAAUGGACAACUUUUCUGAAAGCUCGCCUGCUGUGUAACGUUCCAUCCAAAAACAUGCAUUUCAACAGGAUUCAAGAUGUCUUUGUUGCUCAGAGUGGGGACCGCGUUUACGGGAUUUUUCAGAGUAACUGGAACGGGUCAGCAAUCUGCACAUACUCCGUGGAGGACAUUAAUAAUGUGUUCAGUACUUCCAUGUUUAAAGGAUUCACUGAAUCUAUUCCUGACCCAAGACCUGGGACGUGUGGGAGUAACACUCAAACUCUGGAAAGUAAUAUACUGAGAAUGGUGGAACACCAUCCUGAAAUGGAGAGUCCAAUCCAUCCCAUCGGAAAAAGCCCCCUCAUCUUCAGGAAUAAGGAUCAUUUCAAGAAAAUCGUCGUGGAUUCCGUUGUUAGCUUCACUGGAAUAAUGUUCUACAUCCUUUUCCUGGCCAUGGGAGAUGGUAAAAUCCAGAAGGUUCUGGAAAUCGGACAGUCAGUCUUCAUCAUUUCAGAACUUACAAUUCUAAAGGAGCCAGGACCAAUUUCAUCAAUGUCCCUGGACUCUGAAGCUAAACUUCUGUACGUUACCACUGCUAAAGAGGUGGUUUGUAUCCCACUGAGGCAGUGUGAAAAAUAUAAUGAAAGUUGUGAAAGCUGCGUCAUGGCCAGGGACCCCUACUGUGCUUGGGAUGUCAGAGAGAAGAAUUGUGUCCCUGUCACACCUCACUCCAGCUACCUUAUCCAAGAUCCUGAAAAUGGUGAUCACAAGAAAUGUCCUUCAGAAAGAGUUGCGUUUUACCAUUCCUCACAGAGCACGAGUCAAGAUCUGAAUAACAUUUUCGUCCUGGAGGGACAUGGCUCAGUUUACCUUUCAUGCCCUAAGCAAUCCCAACAUGCAGAUUACUCAUGGAGGACACAGAACCACACAAUGGCCUGUUCUUCAAAUGAAGAUGAAUGCCUUUUCUUCAUAAGUAACCUUGCAGAACAUGGAGGUAGCUCAUACCAAUGUGUUUCAAAUGAAAGGGGACAUGAACAGUUUCACACGUCAUAUUUGAUUAAGGGCAGUGGUUCUUUGAUGUACUUGACCAGAUACAGUAUUGCUGUCUACUGUGUUUUAAUGACAGCUGCGGCUCUGCUCUUGCACUGAGUUUGAGCAAUGACCCGCUCUCUUGUCCCAUUGUCGCAGAGAUUGGAAACAACUUGUUUGUGCUUCUAGUCUGGAUUUCUGCUGGGAUAUAUUGAGGGUAAACUCACUGAAAUAUUCUGAAUAGCCCUACCUCAAUGGCCUAGUGACACGUCUAAGGAAGGUUGAAGGUCAAAUUAACUGUAUUGUUAUCUAUUUGAGAAUUGCAAUUUAACCUUUCUGUUCAUCGCCGCAACAAACAUUACGUUCAUCCAUAGAUUUACAAACGCCGACAGAUUUUACAGCUCAAACCUUUCCAGGGCUUUACAGAAAUUCUUCAUUUCUGUGGCAUGAUCAGAACUCCAUUGGAAUGUUGAGUAUGGACACUGAACUGUAACAGAGGGAGAAAAGUAAGAAAGUUAAUGCUGAUAGGUCAGAUGCUGAAGAAUGGGAGGAAACCUGCAAUGGUGGAGCACCAUCACUCCCAGUGGAUGCACACCCCCGCCCCCCCCCCAAUCACAUGGACUGCAGCAGUUUGAGACGGCAGCUCACUGUCCCCUUCUCGGGGGCAAUUAUGGUUGGAUAAUAAAUGCUGACCCAGCUGGAGACACCCACAGUCCAUGAAAUGGACGGGAGAGGUCAGGCUCUACUGUGAUGCACCCACAGUUUAAUGGUUACUGCAGCUAAAGGAUUGUGUGAGCAUCAUAUCUGUCUCUUUUUUUGAGCUGGCUGCUUUCGGUAAAGGAGAGAAAAUUUGGGAGAACUCACUGCAUGCCAACAGAGACUGUGGAACAAUACUGAAAUGUGGUGGUAUCCACACUGGAGUGACUGUUGGUAACCCAGUGCAGCAGAGCAGGAGUUGCUGUGAAAUGCAUUUGAUGUUCCUACGACAUCCUGAAACAGCCCAGUUUAAAGCCACCUAUUAAAAAUUGGCUCUGAGAACCACUCAUUCGACUUGGGAAACAAAGAUUCUCAGCCACACGAGCCCACCUCACAUUCUGCUAUCACUCUGAGAAGUACUGUGCCAGUGUGAUUGUUAGGUCUGGUGCAUAGCUGGAAGUGAAAUUCCAAGUGACUCGGUGAAGCUUGAUUAGACUUGUGCAAUGUGAGCUGUUUCUGGUUUUGUGUCUGGGUUGUGACUGAGUAAACAGACCACAACCUACGGGACAGUCUGACUUUGUGCGGUUCCCAGCAUUAAUCAUGGCAGAGGCUCCCGAGUGCUUACAAAGAUGGAUUGUGAUUUUGAGGUGACACAGAACCUUCUCGAGCUGAGUGGCAAGUGUUAGCCACCCACUGCCCAUGACAACAGCGACGGGGCUCAAUCACAGCAAUUGGAUAAGAAGCCUCAUUCUUGUGAAUGUCCAUUUCACCUUUACGCUUGGAACUCUGUGUGAUUUAGUUCUUUGUUCAUUUUAUGAGAAACAACAGAGAUUGCUUGGUAUUGUAACCGAUGGCUUGUUUCUACAAACAGCGCAUUCAUAUCCAGGCUGCAAGGACAGAGCCGAAUGCAAGCGCAGUCAUUUUAACCAGUAUCCUGGUUAACAAGGGCAUCCAUUGUCACUGAACUAGUUAACUGCAUCAACCCUACUUCACUGAACUAGUAGCAAUACUGAAAGUCCUAGAUCUUCUUUCACUUUGAGUGCAUGCAACUGCAGUGAGGGAAGCCACUUUUUAAACUCGGGACUAGACUCAUUUUACAACAACCACAACUUGCAUUUGCCCGGCCCUUUCAGGAUCGCAAAGCUUCAGCCCACACGGGUAGGAUUAUUUUGGUUGAGGAAUACAGUCAGUUUGGAUUAGUUGGACCAAAGGGUCUGUUUCCUGGCUGUAUGACUCCAUAAACUGUAUUUUCUCACCAAACACUGAGGACCUUCAUCCUUAUGUCUCUUUCUGUAUAACUUUGAAUUUUCCCAAACGUUUUAUCAAAGUUACUUUUCCUUAACACAACGGAUUUUUAAAAAUGUUAAGUAAUAAGCCAUAAAGUUUUCCUUAAAUGUGCAUUUAAAAACAGGGUUUUAUAUUUCUAACAGAGUAUUGCUGAAAACAAGUCAUAGUCUGUUGCAACAAUUUGUCUGGCUCUGAUCAGGACAACUUGCAAGAGUUGCAAAAUGAAGAACAACAGCAUUUCUAUUUUGUACAGUUACAGAAAUUUAUGUAGCAGACGAUUGUUGUGAUUGUGAAAUUUGCCAUUCUUGUCUUGUUUCUGUUAAAUACAAGAUGAAAAGCUAUAAAAAUUCUUUUUAGAAUUCUGUCACACCAAGUGACCUUGGCGCGACAGAGAACUGUUUCACUUGGUGAGAGAAUUUCAUACACCGUUGUACUACUUAAGAGGAAAACCAGGGAAUUGCC